UUCUGUGGUGGCGGGUGCACGCUAGUCGGGGUCUGUGUUGUGUGCUGUUCCAUUCGGAAAUCGUCUGCCGAAACUUCAGCGGUUUUGGUGCGGCGUGGAAAAAAAAUAAUUCCGUAGUUUGUAGGAUUCUCCCAUUCUGCAGCUGCUGUUUCGUCCGUUGUUGGAUGGAUUAUUAAUAUUUAUUCCAGUGCGCCUUUUGUAUUUGUAGUUGUGUAUUUUUGCGUUCAGUGUUUCAUAUUUUGGAUUAUUGCGAUGAUGAGGGCGGUGUUCUAUCGUGUGUUUCUCGUAUUUUUGUUGUUGGUGUCGUCAGAGGGCGCCAUCGCAGCAUCGACGUACUAUGAUUUCACUGAAGGAUGUUGCUCUGGCCAGGUGAUGCUGGGGGACAGCCGAGAUGUCGUGGAAGGAGAGACCUUAAGGUUGCCCUGCAGAUUCCAUUCUGCCCUCGGCUCCAGCACGACGCUGUACUUCUGGAGUAGAGUGAACAAGGAUGGCAAAGACAAUGCCGCCAUCAACGCUGCGGCCCUGGACCCUCACUACAACAUAGACUUCAGCCCUCAAGAAGGGAAGUACGAUUUGCUCAUCUCCAAGGCCAACUACGACAAAGACAACGGAAAGUUCGAGUGCUGGCUGAAGGAAGGAGGCAGUGGUGUUGACAUCUACAGCGUGUCGUACGUCGUGACCGUUCUGAUACCUCCUGGUGAACCUCGCAUCACACCACCCAAGCCCAUCGCCCGCGAAGGGGAAUCUGCUGCUCUCACUUGUUCCAGUGAAGGUGGAAGUCCGGACCCGACCAUCCGGUGGUACAGGGAUGGUGUCCUCCUCCAAGGAGUGAUCCAGAAGGGUGGAUCUAGAGAAAGGCCGACCUCCAGCAUCCUGACGAUCACUCCGCGACUGGAGGACGACGAUGCCAUCUACCGGUGUGUUGUCUGGAACCGUGCCCUUAGGGAAGAUCUGAAACUCGAAACCAGUGUCAGCCUCAGGGUUCAUUAUGCUCCUCGACUGACUGUCGGGCCUUCUAAUCCUCUCAAUGUUCUGGAGAACACGGAUGCUCAUCUGACCUGUUCUGUGAUCGCCUCUCCUCCCGUUCGCACGAUACGAUGGGUGAAGAAUGGUCAGUUGCUGUCCAACACCCACAAUCACACCAUCAGGAAUGUGAAGGCCGAUGACAGUGGCAUCUACAGCUGCAUCGCUGACAAUGGAAUUGGCGAGCCCACCCAAGCCAAUCUGGAACUCUCCGUGCUUUAUGGUCCUCAAGUGAAAGUAGUAUCCUACCAAGAGGCAAAAGCCGGCGAGCCCCUAAUCGUAAAAUGUGAAGUCAACUCAAAACCACCUCCUCACAUGAUCCAAUGGCUGAAAGAGGGUGAUCCUUACUUCAGACAGACCGGUGAUACCUUGAGGAUCGAGAAGAUCACCGUUGACGAUGGCGGUCGUUAUAUCUGCCAAGCAGCAACUUCUUUCAGGCCUUCAGGAUCCAACGUUCAGUCUGAAGCUAUCGGAAAUGGAACUGUUACAGUUCGAAUCCGACAUAAGCCCGGCCAAGCCGAAAUCUACCCCGUUCAGCCAGUGGCCAUUGCUGGUCGACCUUUCACUCUAUCCUGUACUGCCCAUCCCCUGGGAUGGCCUCUGCCUGAGUACCGCUGGUGGAAAGAAGGCACUUCCACAGAGGACAUCACCACUAAAUCAAAUUACACCCUCGUCUCUGCCCACAUGAGCCACGAAGGACGAUACUUCUGCCAGCCUCGCAAUCUCGUUGGCAACGGUGGAUCGGCGUCUGUGUAUUUGACAGUUCACGAGCCACCAUCCAUUAUUAUACCUCUGCGCCCCCAGACCAUCAAGAAAGACAAAGAGCGAGAUUAUGCCAUCACUUGCAGAUCUCGUGGCAAGCCCAAGCCCAAAGUGAGGUGGUUACAGAAUGGACAACCCAUAUCCGAAGACAGCGGUUUGUUCCAUAUCUCCACUAGUGAGGUGGUGGAAGACAACAAUGCAUUUAUGGUGCAAAGCACGCUUGCUUUCUCUGGCCCCAGCCGACGCGAGAAUGGUCUGACACCCGGAGACAGAGGCCGUUACACAUGUGAAUUCGACAAUGGGGUUGGCGAGGUUGCCAGAUCUGAAAUGAUGCUGAGAAUCGAACAUUCUCCCGUUGUCCGACACACCUACAACCGAGUGGCCUUCGACGUGGGUGAGACGGCUGUCAUUCAGUGCAAAAUGCAGGCCUACCCUGCACCUCAAUUUGAGUGGUCAUCGAGAGGCCGAGUGCUGGAUGAGUACGGAAAUUAUGGCACCAACAUCACCGAUCUAGGUGAGGACAUUUAUGCGGGAGUGCUGUCGAUCAGGGACAUGAAGGAAGAGGAUUAUGGCGAGUAUACUUGCCGAGCGUCGAAUCAAGUUGGAGAUGAUAAGAAGACCAUCAUCAGACUGGUCAGGAAAGGACCUCCAGAAAGGCCAACUCACUUAGAAUUAAUCGAAGUCAGCUCUGACAAAGUGACUUUAAGAUGGCAAGAAGGUUUCAAUGGAGGAUUUGCCAACACUGAAUUUUUGGUCACAUAUUUCAACACUGAAACUGGUCGUUCCAUGAACGAAUCCUGCAGAUCACAAAAUCUCUGCCAAAUUACUGGCCUGUCUGCAAAUACUGAAUAUCACUUUAAGGUCAUAGCCGUAAAUCCUCGUGGAUACAGUCCUUAUUCAGAAGAUUUAUCUGUUACUACAAAAGAUAUGCCCAGACCUACAGAAGCUCAAUUCGAUAGAGAUACUGGAUAUUUGACCUUUCAUGUUGAACCAAGUUCACUCAAAUUAUUGGCCAAGAUUGAAGCCAGACCUGUUGGUACUGAAAUGUGGGUACAACAAACUGUCAUAUCAGUCAUCAGGCAGAUAGAAAAAGUGCAGUUGAGUCCACCUGAUGAAGGAUUUUCAGAUGUUCGAGUUAAAUUAUGUUUGGAAAGCAACGAUUCUUGGUGCGGUGAUGCAAAACUUGCCAAUCCUUUAGAAGAGGAAUUACCAAAUCCUAAAGAUGCAAGAGCUGCAAUUUCUUCAGAAACUCUGAUGGUAAUUGUUGGUAUCAUUGGUGUAACUUUUCUGAUUUGCAUUGUGCUGAUAAUCUGCUGCUGCUGGAAGAAGAAAGUUAACCACAAAGAAAAGAAAGAAUUUGAAAUGGAAACACAAAACCCUCGACCAAAAGCGGUGACACCUCCCUACUUCCCUGAUGGUGUGGUGAACAAGGGCUUGGAAAGCGUAACAGAUGACAUCCACAAAGCAGGUAUCUACACAACCAAUACAUCAGGCAUCAAUGGAGGGAUGAAUGGCCAUAUUCCAUCGAGCAGCCACCCUCAUUCUGGUAUGAUGUACAAUCCUGAUCCUGAUCAGAGCCCAUGCAGUGCUCUGGAUCAUUCCGAGCCUUGGCUGAAACCUACUGAUGACAUGGGCACUGAAGGAUCCUACCAGCCAUAUGACUCAAGGCUGCCCAAUGGCUAUUUCUAUCCUGAAGACUAUCAACCCCUCACAGAAGAAAUGAUGAACAUGAAAAACAGGGAGCAUUUACAUUCCCCCUACUAUGAUGUGAGUGGUCUGCCUGACCCCUACGCCAUGAGUGAGGAGGACAAGACUCAACACAUCUCUAUGUCAUUCGACGAAAGCCACGAGAGUGGGUACUCCACACCUAAUUCUAGAUCUCGUAGAGUGAUUCGUGAAAUCAUCGUCUGAUUUGAAACUGCCGGGUCUGUUUUCGAAGACCACUUGGUAUAAACUGUGAUAUGCGAGGGAAGUGAAUCUUGUCUUCAAAGAAACAUGAAAUAGUAAAUAAAUAAGGUGCCAGGCUGUUGUUAAUCAGCCUGUUUAUAUCGCCAUUCCGUGUGUGUGUUGUACAUGGAACAAGCCUUGAAGAUACUUUUCUUGCCAUUCGAAUUUUGAAGAUGGAUAUAUGUAUAUUCAUCGCAAAAUGCCUCACACAAAGACAAUGAGAACAAAUCCAUGGGGGAAACAUAAGGACAUUUAGGGUAUUUAAUAGUAAAGGAAAAAUAUAGCAUUUAAUAAAUAAAAAGAACUGCUUUCCCAUCUCCAGGAUCGAACUUGGAGACGGACUAGAAGCAGACGCAGCAAGUUUGUGGAAGCACAAAGUCAUGUUGGUCUCUUAUUUGAACAGGAAAAUGAAGUUUAUAAUGCAUCCCAUCCCAGAUAUUACGAGUCUGGAGUAAAGUGUACAUAGUUCAUAAGCAAUGUAUAUAUAAAAAAAAUAUAGAUGAAAAUGUGGAUCUCAAGUUUUCUUUCAUAAACGGACUGAUAAUCCUUUGCCUUAUGAGAGAUAGCUGUCUGGUGUCAAAGUACAUUGAAGUCAGUGCAAAAAUGGCAUUUAUCAUGUGUUUGAGAAGUUUACAGUUACAGUUAAAAUGAAAACUAUUAUUAUAUUGUUCGUAUUUCUUCGUUAAAACCAAAAUAUAUCAAUAUUCAACAAUGCAAUAAUGAUGUACUUAUAUACUUAUUGAAUUUAAACAUUGUUAAGUAGAUGAGUUGUUUGGAAUACUCAUAUUGUUGAGAAAGUAAAAUUGGUACAGCCUAUCUAUUUAACUUAUAUGUAUAAACUGUGAUAAAGUCACAACAAAGACUCAAAUAUCAUUUUUCUUUGAGAUCUAUGUGUUUUCAAUUUCAUUUAAUCACAUUUUUUUUAGUUUUAAAGAAUAGCACUUAUUGUUUUUUUUUAAAUAAAUAUUAACUAACAAUGCUUGCUGUAA